AUGACAGACGCAUAUGCCUUCUCAUACCCAUCUCCAUUGGAGGGGUACGAAAAUCUCGAGCCACUGUCUGACGAGCGAACCGAAGAUGGUAAAUCAUUCAAGAACCCCCAACAUGGCAUAUUAAGCAAAGCCUACUCGGAAUUCCCCGACCCUCUUUCCAAAGGCCGAGAGGGAGGCUUCGACGUCCACAUCUAUCAUUUCCAAAACAACCCCGACCAAGCCGCAUACGCCAAAGCGCUCCACGAACGAAUCAGGCGCGAAUUUCCCGAGCUUCGAAUUUAUACUUUCUUCGACCGGCCUAUUGGCCCCCACCCAGUGGCAAUGUUCGAAGUGAGUUUAUUCACACCCGCGCAGUUUGGAGCCUUCAUUCCUUGGUUGGUUAUCAAUCGGGGACCGCUUAGUGCUCUCGUUCAUCCCAAUACAGUGGCAUCAGAGGAUGAGAGUGAGCGCAACCACACCCAACGCGCAACUUGGCUUGGUGAACGGAUUCCAUUGGAUUUGAGGCUUUUUAAGCUGAUGAAGGCGGCGCAGAAGAAGAAUGAUGAAGAGGCUGAGAAGGCGAAGCAGGAGAACUUGUAG